AUGGACGGUAAAAGCAGUUUAGAAACACUUUGUAAAGCGACAAUCAUUGCCAGAGAAAACAUGGAGGACUCCAGCGAAGACGAGCGGUAUAUGAUCGCAGACUUGGACGCGAUGGACUGUAUGAUGGACAGGGGAAUGGACGACGAAAACGGAGCGGUAGAAGACGACGAAGACGACGAUGGCUCGGAUACAGAAGCAGAUGAUGCGGAUCUCGUGGAUUGUUUCUUUGACGACAAGGAGGGGGAUCAAGUGCAGCAUUCUGACGACGAUGGCGGCGACGGAAGUCAUGAUAGCGACGACAAUAGUGACUAUUAUGGAGGAUACGACCCAGCUGUUAUUUACUUGUAA